AUGUACAAACUAGGACGCCAAAACAUCGUGGCUGAUGCAUUCUUAAGGCAAUAUAAUGACAUUGAUUUCCUCACUAGCCUACAUAUCAUCAAUUGCAAUCUGCACAAUGAAUUGCACAAGGCACUACCGGAAGACUUAGUAACUAGCUCCUUAUUGGACAAUCUGCAAUUAGAUAGCUCCAACAGAUUAUCAACUCGAGAUGAUAUCUUAUACGACCAAGACCAUAUUUAUGUUCCUGCCAUAGGCGACUUGAGAACUCUACUCCUGCGUGAGUUCUAUAACACACCUCUAAGAGGGCAUGUUGGAGUUCCUAAGACAUAUUCACGACUAACAAAGAAUUUUAAUUGGCCAUUGAUGAGGAAGGACGUCCAAGAGCUAGUAUAUGGCUCAAUGUACCAUAUGCCAACAAGUCAAACUACCAACCGAACACCUUAA